AUGGCUGAUUCACCCACUCAGCGUUCCUUCAACACACGUCGCGUCCGUACCUUUGACGACAGUCAACGACGGAACUCGACCCUUUCAGACUCACUCUCGGAGGCCCGCAACUCAAUCCGCUCCUCGACCGACGACUUGUUUCUUCCUCGUGUAGCAAAAGACCAUGCCGCGCUCUCAACUGAAGAAUCUAAUUGGCAUUCCGCGCCGCUCGGACUAGCCCUGCUACCCGCAAUUGCGGGCAUUUUCUUCCAUGAAGGUAGCUCCUUCGUCACCGACGUCACAUUACUAGUCCUGGCCGCUAUAUUCCUUAACUGGUCUGUCCGGUUGCCUUGGGACUGGUAUCGCUCGGCCCAGGCCAUCCGACGAGAAGAAAUUCGCCAAGAAAGUGGAUUCCCAGCGCCCGGCGAUCCCCCAUACGAUCUCGACGACCAAGAACCCCAUCCCAAACAAAAAGAAACAGCAACAGCUAUCUCCGAGCUCCAAAUCCACGAGCUCGCAGCUCUAGCCUCUUGCUUCAUAUUCCCUAUAAUAGGCACCUGGCUCCUCCACGCCAUCCGCUCAAGCCUCUCGAGGCCCUCCGAAGGCCUAGUAUCAAACUACAACCUAACUAUCUUCCUCCUAGCCUCCGAAGUCCGCCCAGUCGCACACCUCCUAAGACUAAUCCAAAAAAGAACCCUACACCUCCAGCGCAUCGUAACAUCCUCAACAGAACCAGUCAUAAAUCCAACAACCCUCCAAGACCUAGCAAAGCGCCUCGAAGAGCUCGAAGCCCACGUCGCAGAGACAGCAACCGCCCGUCUCGCCACCCACCCAAAUAAAGACCUCCAUUCCCUCUCCCCAAAAGAGCAAGAACAAUCCGAAAUACCCGCUGCCCCAUCUGUCGUCGCCAACGCAGUCUCCGAAACCCGCAAAUCAAUCCAGCCAGACAUCGAAGCCCUCAACCGCGCUGUCCGUCGCUACGAGAAACGCUCCGCCCUCUUCACGCUACAAACCGAUCAGCGCUUCGUGCGUCUCGAGACGCAAGCCGGCGACGCGCUUGCGCUGGCUGCUGCUGCGCAGCGGUCGGCGGAGUCGCGUCGUCCGAAUUAUGCGCUCGUGUUGCUAGACUGGGCUUGCGCGUGCAUCGUUAUACCUGGUCAGAUUGCAUUGUCUGUUGGUGGGUUGCCUGGGCGUGCAGUUGCAGGGUGUUGGGAUUAUGCGAGGCGCAUGGUGAUGGGGCGGAAGGUUAAGGUGCAGCCAAGAUCGAAGUCUAAGGCUGGGUCUGGAUCUGGGCCGAAAGGGAAGGCUGUGGUUGGGACUGGGGGUGAGGGGACAGGAUCGUCGGGUGCGUAUCGGCAGGGUGGUGGGUUGGCGUCGCAGCGGCGGUCUGAGGUUAGGAAGAGGGAUGGGGUGUGA